CUAAGCCAACAUGAUCCAACUUUGUCACGUUUUUCUAUGAUGGAUGUGCAUUUACCUGCAAUGGUGUAGAAAUAUACAUUCUUUCGCUCGCCGUCACCCUCUGCUUUUUCUCUCUUAUCGCUUGUUUCAAUAGUUGUUUACGUGCCGUUCCAUGCCAUAAGCUUUAUGACUACGAGUGCGAAACUUAAUGCUUUAUCCAUAGGCACUAUUGAUAUGUAGUUCGAAAUUAAUUUUUUACAAUUUCUUGUCCAGUUUAACGAAAUCAUCUUUCGAAAAUGAUUCAUAGUUUAUUCAUGAUAAACUCAUCUGGGGAUGUGUUCAUGGAGAAACACUGGAAAAGUGUCAUUUCACGUUCAGUUUGUGACUACUUCUUCGAUCAGCAGAGGAAAGCAACAAAUCCUGAGGACAUCCCCCCUGUAAUCGCUACUCCGCACCAUUACCUCAUUGCUAUUUAUCGUUGUAACAUGUAUUUUGUGGCUGUCAACACAACGGAGGUUCCACCACUAUUUGUCAUUGAAUUUCUCCACCGUGUUGUAGACACUUUUUGUGAUUAUUUCUCUGAGUGUACCGAAUCCAUUGUCAAAGAAAACUAUGUCGUCGUGUAUGAAUUAUUGGAUGAAAUGUUGGAUAAUGGUUUUCCUUUAGCAACAGAAAGUAAUAUACUAAAGGAAUUAAUAAAACCACCAAAUAUUUUAAGGACGAUAGCCAACACUGUUACUGGGAAAUCCAAUGUUAGUGCAACUUUACCAAGUGGUCAACUAUCUGUUGUUCCUUGGAGGAGGACAGGAGUCAAGUACACCAGCAAUGAAGCAUACUUUGAUGUUGUAGAGGAAAUAGAUGCCAUCAUUGACAAAUCAGGCUCAGUAAUCUUUGCUGAAAUUCAAGGCUAUAUUGACUGCAGUAUAAAGCUCAGUGGUAUGCCAGAUCUAACGCUAUCUUUCAUUAAUCCCCGUCUUCUUGAUGACGUCAGUUUUCAUCCCUGUGUUCGUUAUAAACGGUGGGAGUCGGACAGAAUAUUAUCUUUUGUACCCCCAGACGGAAACUUUCGGCUCAUGUCUUAUCAUUUUGGACCACAAAGCAAUGUCUUCAUUCCAUUUUAUAGCCAUUUUUCCAUUACAUUCAAAGAUGUUGUCGGAGGAAAGUUAGACAUCACUGUUGGAGCUAGGCACACCUCUGGUCGAACGCUGGAAAACGUUGUCUUAGAAAUUCCCAUGCCCAAAGCUGUUCUCAAUUGUACUUUAACUGCCAGCCAAGGAAAAUAUUCUUUUGAUCCUGUUAGCAAAAUUCUUAACUGGGAGGUUGGUCGUAUUGAAGUAUCUAAAUAUCCAAAUCUUAAAGGAUCGAUCAUUCUUCAGUCAGGAGCCACCAUCACAGAAGGGAACCCAACUGUCAAUGUCAAAUUUACGUUAAAUCAGCUAGCUGUCUCUGGUUUAAAAGUUAAUCGUUUGGACAUGUAUGGCGAGAAGUAUAAACCGUUCAAAGGAGUCAAAUACAUUACAAAAGCUGGCAAAUUCCAAAUGAGAAUGUAAUGACCGAUAUAUUUUUUGAUUCCUUGUAACAAAUUCUUUAAACUUGUUUUUAGGCUUGUUAAAUUUUAAAUUUUUCGUUAUUCAAUUGUAUCAAUUGUAUAGCUAGGAUAAGAAGUUUGAUUGGUCUCAGAAAUCUUGCUGUUGUAAGGUAUCUAACUAAACUUAAUUCAGUUGUUCAGGGGUGCUAAAUUCCUCUCACUUCAUAACUGACUAUUUAGCUGGAAGGUUUAAAAUGAUAACAGAAUGGCCAAAAUUAGACCUCUUGCGCUUAAAAUUAUUCCAGGUCAUACAUAGGUUUUGGUAGAUUCUGAGCCUUGUAUCACCUAUCAACCACACCUGAGGUGCCUAAAUUACCGAAUUUUUUUUUUUUUUAUUAAGAACUUGAAGCACUCUCAAGUUCGAGUUAACUUUUGGCUUUAGUUGCUAAACUGACAGCCACCUCACUUCGAGGGUCAGGGUUAGUACGCAUCCAUGCUCCAGACUUUCACAUUUUCAGAGAUCGAGGCCGAGUGGAGUCUGACUCUGUAGAUCUACUCGUCAGUUCCCUGAAAAUUUUUCGCCGCCACGGGGAUUUGAACCCAGAACCUAUCGGUCUAGAGUCAGACACGCUGACCACUAGGUCAACUUGACCGAUCUGCUGAAUGUUAAACUAAUGCAAGAGGCAUUGAGUUUUUAACUUGGCCCAGAUAGAGGGGUACUUAUGUUCACGAUAGCGCAACAUUUAGUUAAACUUUUCCCAGUCAAACUAGUUUGACUUUGCAAAUGGCGGCUCGGGUCAAUCUCUAUCUUGCUUGAAAAGUAUGAUCAAAUCAACAGAAAACGCAUGAAUCAAAACAGUUAAUUUUCCACAAAACUGAGGACGCAACCCGACAUUUUGUCGGGUUGCGUCCUCCUAGACGUCUCUCUUUUCCUUUUAAGAAAAACUCUUUUUGUAGGCUUCAAACUGAUGUUUCUUAACAAGCCCACUACAAAGUUUUGAUUUUUGAAAAGAAGUUUUCAGGCCCAAUAUAGCUGGGGCUCCUCCUUGUGAACCUCUUAAAAUUUUGAGUAUGGUAUAAAGUAGCUAUUAUUGAUGGAGGAAUAUUCCUGAAAUUUCAAAUUUCUUUAAAUGCAACUGGUCAAAAGUUCACAGGAGAGGGUCCAGACUGUUGGAUCACUGUGCACGUAUAAAAACAAAUUGAAUACUCUGGCCAUUUGUCUCUCACCGUAUCUCAUUAGAGUUCAUUUGGUACUUUCGCUGUACAGUUGUUGAUCUAAUUUUUGUCAUUUCUGAUUUUAAUUUCCCCUCAGAAUAAAGCAGACUCAGCACUAUUCUACCAUCUUGUUACUCUAAUAAAUUUCUCAUACAUUCAUGUUCCAUGAGAUUGCUUUUCAUGCUGUUCUUAUUAAGCGUGAUGGAGUGCGACAAAAUGUGCCUUGAAGUUGAAACUCAAACCGUUCAGCAUAGUAAAAAACAGAACUUGAGAUGAGAAAUGUCUACCGCAAGUUUUCAGUGCUGAAUGUUCUCUCACUCUCAAAAACUUCGGGCCAGAGUUUCAAGCCACAAUCUACAUUAUUACUGUUGUAAUAAGCUUUUGAAAUAAUUUGUUUCCAAGAUUGGGAGCAGUGCUGGCAAACUAUCAGUGGUUUUCUCAAAUUCCUUGUUUUUCAUUCUGAAAAUUUGAAUCGCUGCCAAAGUGUGAUUUGGGUACUCUUACUCUUUGAGCCAAUUGGUGCAGAAUCGAUUCCUCUAAACUGAGGCACAGUUGCUUCAUUUUCUCCCCUCUUAAAGGCUCAUAUUGGCUGCUUUUGGUAACUUAUCAACGGUGAAACUCCUAAACCACGUACUUCAUGUAUGGUGUUUUAAAUUCUCUGCUCCUAUUUUAUUUUUGAUGAGGAGAGCAAAUCAGCAGAAUUCCUUGAAGUUUUCUCAGAAUUUUUCUUGCACAGAGAAGGAAAAUCAUGGAAGUGCUAAGCAUUGAUGUUGAGUUGUUUUUCUAUUAGAAGAAUAAAAGUAUGAAAGGAAGUCUUAAACAUAGCAAACUAAGGUACGCAGUUGGGGAGUUUCAACGUCGUCAUGUAAUGCUGCGAGUAGGAAUCGCAAAAACUUGUUAAUUAUAUCGUUGCAGAAAGUCUACACUGAACUCUAUGAACUACUAGACCUAGUCUGAUAUCAAGCAUUACAGUGAGUGUUUCCUCAUAAAAAUUACACGUACAGUGCUGUGUAUCAUAAUGAAUACAUUGACAAUUUCCAAUUUUAUAUUCUACUUAAGGAAUCAGCGUUUUCUAUUCAGUCCAUUCAAACUAGCUGCUCACCGCGGAAACCGAAAUCUAGUGAAGUCGAAUUCGGAAUUCUACUCAUUUUAGUAUGUUAGCCAAUAAAAUAAUAUUUUCGAGGUGCUUGAUUUUGUUAAAAGGUCAAAAACCAGGUAUGAUGAGUAGAAGGGGGAAUAAAGUUUGUGAAAGAAAAGUAAUUAUUUGCAGAUGGAUGAGUUUGUUUUAAAUGACCGCUUUGACAUCUAUUGAUUUUGGUUUUUGGUGCGAGCAGUAAAUGCGAAUUCUCUGACUCUAGAAUGAACAAUUUAUGCUAAUCUCUCUCUUUCAUGUUGAUUGUUUUUAUUUUAAAAGUAAUUAAAUUUUGAUGAGAAAACGUA